UUUGCUGCAAACCGUAGUCGAGUCAAGUACCAAACACCAUGAAACUGAUCGUAGCUUUGCUCGUUACUUUUGCUGUGGCAUGCUCGGCCGAAUACAGCAAGAAACAGAUACAGGAAGCUCUUAAAUAUGGCAAACAAUGCAUGCAGGAGCUUUCGAUUCCCAUGGAUGACAACGUGAUUGAGCGAAUCAUGUACAACAAGGAACCAACUCGCAAGGACAUGCGAUACAUGUACUGCGCUCUGGGCAAGUUCGACAUGCUCGACGCAAACGACAACAUCAUCGUCGAUAAAAUAGUCGCCUUCAUGGUCGAUCGAUACGACGAACAGUUGGUGCGGCCUGUGCUCGCCAAGUGCGCCAAGCAGGACGAUCCCUUCGUGUACGAGCGACUGUGGAAGUUUUACCAGUGUUUCUUCGCCGAGAAGAACUUUGAGCUGUAAAGAUGCAAUUUUGAACUCAGUUCAAGUUAUUAGGGCAAAUUUCCACAAAUAAACGAAAAUUU